AUGGAUUCUGCACGGAGUUGGCUUCAGAAGUUCCAGCCCAGAGCGAAGAAGAAGGGAGCGGAGAGUACAAGAGACGAGCAGGAGAAGUCUGCUUCUGUCGAUGAGGCGCCUUCAGACGUGACCAAACAGAAGGUCGAGGCAGCCAAACAGUACAUUGAGAACCAUUACAAGGCUCAAAUGAAGUGCUUGCAGGACAGGAAAGAGAGGCGUUGGAUGCUGGAAAGGCGGCUUGCCGAUGCCGAUGUUUCGCAGGAGGAUCAGAUGAAUGUUCUGAAGUAUUUGGAGCAGAAGGAGACGGAGUAUAUGCACCUUCAGAGACAUAAAAUGGGGGUUGAUGACUUUCAGCUUUUGACAAUUAUAGGAAGGGGUGCAUUUGGAGAGGUGAGAAUUUGCAGAGAGAAAUCUACUGGCCAUGUGUAUGCCAUGAAAAAGCUCAAGAAAUCGGAGAUGCUCCGAAGAGGCCAGGUGGAACAUGUUAAAGCUGAAAGAAAUCUUCUUGCUGAGGUCGAUAGUGCUUACAUCGUUAAGCUCUACUGCUCCUUUCAAGAUGAUGAGUUUUUGUAUCUUAUAAUGGAAUAUCUUCCUGGAGGUGAUAUGAUGACAUUGCUAAUGCGCAAAGAUAUCUUGACUGAAGAUGAAGCCAAGUUUUAUGUUGGAGAGACAGUCCUUGCCAUUGAGUCUAUUCACAAGCACAACUACAUCCACAGGGAUAUUAAGCCUGAUAAUUUACUACUCGACCGUUAUGGCCACAUGAAGCUUUCAGAUUUUGGGUUGUGUAAACCUUUGGGCAGUAAUAGCUUUCCAGAUCUUAGUGAGAAUGAAAAUGCAGGUGGAAGAAAUUCGAAAUCCCCCUCUGAGAGUCAUAAACAUUCUAAUCUUCCUACAACACCAAAACGAACCCAGCAGGAGCAGUUAUUGCACUGGCAAAAGAACAGGCGAAUGUUGGCUUACUCAACAGUUGGAACUCCAGACUACAUUGCUCCGGAAGUAUUGCUGAAGAAAGGAUAUGGAAUGGAAUGUGACUGGUGGUCUCUUGGUGCAAUCAUGUAUGAGAUGCUUGUGGGAUUUCCACCUUUUUAUUCCGAAGAACCAAUGUCAACAUGCAGAAAGAUUGUUAACUGGCGAACUCAUCUGAAAUUCCCAGAGGAAGCAAAGCUCUCUCCUGAGGCUAAGGAUCUCAUUUGCAAGCUCCUCUGCAAUGUUGAGCAGAGGCUUGGGACGCAAGGAGCUCAUGAAAUAAAAGCACACCUGUGGUUUAAAGGGUUACAAUGGGAUAGAUUAUAUCAGAUGGAAGCUGCUUUUCUACCAGAGGUUAACAAUGAAUUAGAUACUCAAAACUUUGAGAAGUUUGAUGAGUUGGGGACUCAAGCAGAGACUUCAUCAAAAUCUGGUCCAUGGAGAAAGAUGCUUUCUUCCAUGGAUACAAAUUUUGUCGGUUAUACCUACAAGAAUUUUGAAAUUGUUGAUGAGCAUCACAUGCCUGGUAUUGCUGAAUUGAAGAAAAAGAACAACAAGCCAAAGCGACCAUCUAUUAAGUCAUUGUUUGACACACCUGAUCCUCCAGACCCAUCAGUUCAAGGAAACUCUUCCCACCGUUUGCCCAACCAGUUGGGUGCCUCAGAAGGCUCUCAGCCGUCACGGCAAUCUGCUAGACCCCCACAACAUCAACACAAACCUCCACGAAGAUAA